GAAAAUCAAAGAGAGCAGAAAACUGAAACUAAUGCAGAGGCUGGCCUCCUAAGGUGGUCCAGUAGCCAGCCAGCCAGGGAUCCUGACUCAGAAGACACCCUUUGCUCGAGCUGUUGACUCUGAGAAGAGAAGUCCCGGCUGAGACCUGAUCCCACAAAAGUUCCCCUCUUUCUUGACCCCUUUGCCAUCAGGACAGAGAGAGUAAAGGCAGAGCCACCUUAAGAAGGAGGUCAGGGGUGGGCUGGACAGCUAUUUAUCUAUUGCCCUCUCCAGUCCUAAGCACAGAUGGAGCCACUCGGGAACCUGUUUGAAACUCCGGCAGAAAGGCUAGAUGCCUUCAUAGCUCAUGAACUCCUCCCUACCAAGGAGACCAAAAGGGAAGUCCACGAUGCCUUCCAGAUGAUCCAGAGAUUUCUUCAUGGUUGGUGUUUCAAGGAGCAACAGGCUGGAAUGUGGAAGGUGAUGAAGGCAGGCUCUGUGAUGAACGGAACAAUGCUUAAGUACAAAGGGGAAGUCCACGUGGUCGUAUUCCUCGACUGCUGCUACAAGUACAGUACAGAUGCCUCAUACCACCAUGACAUGCUAAUGUCCAUGAAGGAGAAACUACCCCACUGGAAGAACUUGGCCAACAUCAGUGAAAUAUGUGUGAACCCUGAAGUCCCUAGCUCACUCUUCUUUACAGUUCAAUUCACGACGACAUCAGAGCCCAUCGAUGUGGUCAUUCUGACCGCCCACAAUAUCCUGAAAUCCUCUCCUCCCACUUGCCCACCACCCCCUGAGACUUACGUGGACCUGAUUGAAGCUGGCGGCCUUCCUGGCCAAUUCUCACCAUCCUUCGUACAACUUCAGAAGAGUUUUAUAAGAAGUCUUCCCACUAAGCUGAAAAGCCUCCUGAGGCUGGUAAAGCAUUGGUACCUGCAGCACCUGAAAUUCAGCUGCCCCAAAGCCUCUCUACCCCCAAUAUAUGCCCUGGAGUUGCUGACCAUCUAUGCUUGGGAGACGGGAACCCAUAAAGCAAAGAAGUUCAAGAUGUCUAAAGGCUUUGUGAGUGUUAUGAUGCUUCUCCGAGACAACAAGGACAUCUGCAUCUACUGGCCCGAGUACUACAGUCUCCACAACCAGGUUAUCAGGGACUUUGUGAAACAGCAGCUGGAGAGGAAAAGACCUGUCAUCUUGGACCCGGUGGAUCCCACUCACAAUGUAGGAGAGGGAAAGCGAUGGGACCUGGUGACCCAGAGAGCUGCCCAGUGCCUGAAAAGCAUAUGUUGUUUUGACAAGCGUAACAAGGCAAUCCCAGCCUGGAACAUAAAGAGAGUCAGAUCUAUCCAAGUGACGGUGAAAAGACAGAAGGAGAAGGAUCUGACCAUAUGGGUGGAUCCCUUUGACCCCAUCCAGCAGAUGAAGAAGCAUCCAAAUCUGACCCUGCUCUUCUCCCACCAGCAGUAUCUGUUCUGCUGGGAGCCUGGCAGCUGGCAGAACAGCCUCAGGUGCCAUUGCUCCUUAGCAGAUUACGGGAUCUUCUGGGACGUCAGCAUCUACCUGGUGGAAAGACUUGCCUCCAAGAUCCAGCUCUGGGUGAAGCUGCCCGGAAGCAAGAGUCCCGACGAGUAUUUCAUAGGGUCCAAUGACCUCAUAGAGGAACUGAUGUAUCUGAUCGAAGAGAGACAAGGGCUGCCCCCUGGACAGCAUAUUCUCAUGUUCCACGGACAGCACCUGCAGAUGGGUGCAGGUCUUCCCUUUAGUUAUUAUGACAUCCAGGAUGGUGACGUCCUUGUUCUCUCAUAGAGAAAGCACUCUUUAUCCUGCCCCAGGAAAGAGUUUGGAAAACAUCCGAGAUUUUUCUUUUAAACUUUCCCAGUCAUAGGGGAGGGGAGAGAGGGCGGGUGGGAGAGAAUUUGGAAUUCAAAAC